UAUUGAAAAUUAAACUUAUAUCACGCACUUGGUUGUGUUUGGUGACUGUCAAUAAUUUAUUCAUGUAGAUGUAUUUACAGAACCCUCUCCCGAGCGGAACGAGAACUUCCACUCAGGGUGGACUUCAAAAUGUAUUUGCGACUUUCCUGUUGUCCUUACGGUAAAACAUGGCACUCGUGCGCUGCUGUUAGCUAGAAGCUUCUGGCAACUUCUUUAGCGUCGACUUAUUAGAGGAGGCAGAGCCGGCCCUCCGGAUAAAUACAACCAUUUCUCGGGCAAGUAUCGUGUUUACAACGUUUGAAAGUCCAAGAUGUCAGAAGGAAGGCCGGACAGGAGAUAUCCUCACAAUCUUCAGGGGGUUCUACAGCUGGCCAUUGAUGCUGGUUCUGUUGCAGAGGAACCUGCUGCCCCUCAAGCCAUGUCACAGGAGAGGAGUUCUUGGCUGAGGGAAGCUCUCGCAGACGUCUGCAAAGGCCAGAUGGACGAAGUGGAGCAGAUGAAGCAGUGCUUGGCUGUCCUGAACCAGGAGGAAGUGAAAGGAGAGGAGGACAGGAAUGAGGACCAAGAAGAUGAGCGGGAAUCCGCCUUUGAGGUGCUGUCAGAACUGUGUGAGAACCUGGACAACGCCAGAGAUCUGAUGGUUCUGGGAGGACUGGACCUGUGCGUCUCCAAGUAUUUGGGUCACGCCCAAAGUGGGCUGAGGUGGCGUGCCGCUCAGCUCGUUGCUUCCUGUGCUCAGAACAUGCCGCAAGUGCAGGCCCACCUGCUGAAGAUCAGCGCUCUGCCCAAACUUCUCCAGCUGACAGACUCGGACCCCCACCCCACAGUCCGAGUGAAAGGCCUGCAUGCGGUCUCAUGUCUGGUGCGAGAGCAGGAGGCGGGCUUGGAGGCCUUCCUGUCCCACGAUGGCUUCUCAGUGCUGAUGAGAGGCAUGCAGGCGACCAACCAGAAGCUGCAGACCAAGUCGGCUUUCCUUCUCCUUAACCUUCUCACUUCACAUCCUGAGCACAAAGACACGGUAAUCUCCAUGGGGAUGGUCCAGCAGCUGGUCUCGGUUCUGCGUGCUCCACACUCGCCUUUUCAUGAGCACGUGCUUGGCGCCCUUUGUUGCCUCGUGGAAGACUGUGAGAAAGGGUUAAAAGAUUGCAGGGAUCCAUCUCUCAAUCUUGAAGACUUACUGCAACAGCGAGCCAGGGAACUCCAAGGCAAAGAUGAAAGUCAGGAAGAACUGGAAUUCUGUGAGCGGCUGAGGACGGCUUGUUUCCGUGGACAGCAGUCAGACGAUCAUGGAAUGGACCGCUGACCUGUGACCUCUUUUUCAUACUUGGAUUUUGGUGCGUUAAUAUUUAACACGGACAUUCACCAUCAGGAUUUGAUCACGGAAGCUUUUAUUGUUUUGAAGAGUCAAAGCUCACUUCUGCAUGUAAUCAAGGACACUUAUCUCUUCUGUAAAUGAGGACUUCAAUCAAUAUCUUUUAUACAAUGCUAGAAUUUCAGUGGUGUGUAAAAACAAGGCUCACACAUGGAUAUGGUAAAUGUUCUUUUGUUUAUUAUUAAGAAAACAAACAGUAGUCUUGUUACGCAUAUGAUCAGUUUUUAGGACAUCUCACACAAAUGCUGUCUGCAUUUUACAAAAAGUCACUGACGGAACACAACUAUUCCAAAAUAACUGAUCAUUUAAGGUUUUUCCCCAAAAUAGGAAAUAUUAAAAUAUACACACAUUUCAAGCCAUCAUUGAGUUAGCCAGUAGUCUAACUUGACACUUUUGGGACCCUGCCAAGUUCCUGGUUCAGACCCUUCCGUUUUGCAAAGUCAUUCAUGUUUUCUACAGCCAUCACAUCCAUCCAUCCGUCCAUCCAUUUUAUACCGCUUAUUCCCUUUGGGGUCGUGGGGGGCGCUGGCACCUAUAUCAGCUACAAUCGGGUGGAAGGUGGGGUACACAGUAGCCAUCACAUCCCCCAUGCUAAUGAGUAGCUGUGCUAAGUAAUAUGUCACCAUGACAACCGUGUGGCUGUGCUCCACAGGCGGUAUGACCUUGAACUGUAGCAGAGCCAAGGACAUGUCCGACACUAUGAAGGACAGACUCCCAAACAUGGUGAUAGGACGGCUAAUAUGCCCAUCAGGGUGAUGAGGGCCACUUACACGCCCACGGCUGGAACUAGAACAUUUGAAAUGGGUUCCUUUUGCAGAAAUGGGUGGAGGUAUAUGAAAAAACCAGCAGGAGCAGAUAGAUGAGGAACAAUCAUGACGAAGAGUGUUUCCCAUAAAGGGAUGAGAGGAAGGUCAGCGAGUAGAGCAGGCGACCAUUUCUAAUAAAGUAGACCUAGUUUAGACAGUAGUUAAAAGACUUAUGCUUAUUAUUAUUAUUACUGAUAAGCUAGUUUGUCUGCUGACGUAAGCAGUAUCAUAUUGUCAUUUAUUGUAUCAUUUUAUUAUUUUGUCAAAAUUAUGAGGGACAAGCUGUAAAAAUGGAUUAUUAAUCCACUUGUUCAUUUACUGUUAAUAUCGGUUUGUUUUCUGUUUCAACAUUUUUUUAUCUAAACUUCUGUUAAAAUGUAAAAAUCA